AUGUUCUGCUGUUUUAAGAUUGCUAGAGGCACAGGCGUCAAGAAGGACAAGAGUGGAGGCCAUGGUGGUGCCUGGAGACACAGGAUUCACUCCUGCCUCCAAUGCCUCUGGCCAUUUUCCCGGAAGGAAGCAGACUUGACCCAGGGCAGCCAGGGCCAAGGCCACACUGACAAGGCUAAGGAGGAUUCUGCCCCAAAGGACCAGAAGGAGCCCUGUGGAGAGUCCCGCAUCAGUGCAGAUGUGGUGGAAAAGCUAGUGAACCACCUGGUGCCUUCCCUGCAGGCUGGGGACACCUUCUUUGUCCCUGCCUUCCUGUGUACAUACCGAAGGUUUGCCACCACCCAGCAGGUGCUGGACCUGCUGUUCAAGCGCUAUUCAUACUUCCGUCCUUAUUGUGAAGAGGAUGAACAAGCAAAGAACACCCUCUGUUCCUUCCUGGACACAUGGAUAGAUAAGAACCCUGAGGAGUUUUGUCAGACCUCAGACCUCUCCAUUCUGAGGAAGCUGAAGACCUACUUGAUUGUGAACAUGCCAUAUUCGGACCUUAUUGUUCGUGUCCAUAUGCUCCUGACCGACUUGCAGCAAGAAGAGGCCAGUGAGUCAGAGAUCAAGGAUGAUGAAGACUCAGUUAUGUUGUCCACUCAGCAUGCUUGUACUCAACAGACCACACUGGUUUUGGGAGACGCUGCAAGGGGACAGACCAUCCUGAAAGAUAUGAUGCGCACUCGCCAUCACAGGGGUCUGAUGCUGCUAGAGUUCCACAUUGUCCCCAUGAUCUCGUGUGACUGGCGGGAUGUUGCACAUUACACCUGGGGUGUGCCUGCAAACUUGGGACCAGUGUUAGAGCUGACGGAGCCCAAGCAAACAAGCAACCGUGUGGGACUAAGUGGCGUGGUAUCUGGUGCUCAUCCUAAUCUCUACAUUGUCUCUGUACUUGGGGCUUACUCUAAGAUCUAG